UUUCUACUUAUUAUUUUAAUUAACAAUAAUCAAUAUUUCCUACUGACUUUAAAGAAGAAAAUCAAGAUUAUGAACUUUUAGACAGAAUCCACAAAUGCGAUUAACUGUAUGAAUGGAUUAGAGGGGAAAUUAGCAAAAGAGAAGAGAGUAGAAAACCCCUUAAGCUUAAAUAAUUCAGUUUUAUCUUUAAAUAAUAAAAUGUCACCAUAUCAAUCACCAAAAACACGAAAUAAUGAUUAUAUGUUACCUUUAGAAAGUGUGAGAUAAAACUAAAUAGUUAGCGAAUAGGGUGAUAAUAUGCAUUUUAAUUUAGCUUAAGACGCAGAAGGAACAGCAAGGAGGAAUAAUUUAAUGAACUAAACAAAUAAAGAACUUUUAUACAAAAAUAAAUUAGAUUAUGGUGAUGUAGAUAAUAUUUUGUAAUCCCUAAAUAAUCUAUCUCCUAAACGAGAAGAUUUUGAAAUGGAUGGAUUUAAAUUCGAUGAGCAUAUUGAAUAUUAAUAUAAAGAAUUAAACUAAUUUAUUCAAGUCGAAUCUGAAAAAGUUAUUGCACUACCAUCGAAGAAGGAUGUGAAUAUGCAGAAAAUGGUCUCAUAUAAAAAACAAUGCACUACCUCUAUUUUCCCUAUUGUAAGAGAGCCACAGCCAACCUAUAUAGUAUUUGGAGAGAAAUAUUUUUUUGCAGAUAAAUCGUUAAAUUUAUUUUCUACAGAAAGUUUAAUCAGAAAUCUAUGCUUGUUUAUUAUCACAUCAAAAUUUUUUAAUCUGCUUAAUUUAUUUAUGAAUCUUCUCUAUAUUGCUGCAGACAUCAAUUAUGAUUAUAGUUUUCGUAUAUAUCCUGAGAAUGAAUUUGACAUAUCCAAUAAUAUAGCUACUAAAUACAUUUAAAUUACAUGUGAUUUCUUUUUCAUUUGUGAAACUAUUAUGAAUAUUGUAGCAGCAGGUUUGGUUGAAGGAAAACAUUCAUACAUGAAAAAUAGUUAUAAUGUUCUUAAUCUUUUGGCUAUUAUUGGGUCAGUUGGAGACAGAUUAGCAAAUGAAGAUCGAUCUUCCUACUUUUUUCCUCUAAAAGUACUCAGAAUAAUUAGGAUCAUGUACUUUUUUCCUAUAUUAAAAAAUAGGCUAAAUUCUUUGAUUUCUACUCUACCUGAGCUGUACAAAAUUGUAUUAGGUUUAUUAGCUAUAAUGACAAUUUAUGCAUUGAUUGGGCUUCAUAUUUUUUAAGGUGCUCUUGAAUUUAGAUGCAGAUUUGAAAGUGAACCCACACCCGAUGGCCUCUUUGAAGCAGAUGAAAGUUAAAUAAAUCUCUGUGGAAGAUAAUCAGGCUGCAAAGAAAAUACAUAUUGCAGAGCACCCUUUGAAUAUGAUGUUCCAUUCCAUGCUGAAGAAUCGUAUUUAGAGAAUUUAGAUUACGGUGUUGUUAAAUUUGACCAUUUUGGAUGGAGCCUUUUUACAGUAUUUCAUAUUGUUGAAUCAAUCGGCUGGUCAAGCAUCAUGUUUACACAUUGGAGAUUUUUUGACACAAGAGUUUGCUCGUUCUUUUUUAUUAGCUUAUUGGUUCUUGGGUUUUAUAUUAUUCUUAACUUAUUUUUAGGAGCCCUUUACGAUGGAUUUUAAACAAGAUAAACAAUCAAAAGCAUAGCUAAAAGAGAAGUCAAACAAGAAAAAAAGAAGGAAAAAACAACAAUUAAAAAUGUUAUAGGUAAAAAAAAUAGGAAGACUUAUAACGAGCAAUCUUAAAAGUUGCUUACAAAUAACUCUUCCUAAGCUCUAAACAUCUUGAUAAAACAUGCUAUAGAAAGGAUACACUCUAAUUAAAUUCCAGUCAAAUAUAAAAUUUAUAAUUUCUAAUCUAUUAAAUACUAUGGUUAUUCUUUUAAAACCAUGCUUUAAAACAUGGGAUUUUUGAAAUGCUUUUAUGAAUCUGGAUACUUUAAUUUAUUUUCUUACUCAAUAAUUAUAGCAAAUUACAUUGUGCUGUGCUGUGAUAAAUACCCAAUAAAGGAUAGUCUAUAAAAAAAUUUAAUUUUAGCAGAUUCAAUACUUACUAUACUCUUCCUUAUUGAAGUAAUUAUCAGAAUAUUUAGCUAAAAAAAAUAAUUUUUCACAAAUCUCAUCGAUUUAGCUGAUUUUGUAAUACUUAUUGCAAACAUUAUCAUGUUUAGUGUGGGAUUUGCUUAGGGAUAGAAUAUGUUUAGUUCUGAAACAUAGGAAUAGGCUAUUAUAAAAUGUUUGAAAGGUUGGAGAAUUUUUAGAAUUCUUCUUGAAAUGACUGUUUUAUACCCUUUAGGCAUCCUAAUUGAAGCAUUUUUUAAAACAUUUGUAGGAUUGUUUUAUCAUACUAUCAUCGUUGCUAUCUUUGUUUUAGCUUUUGGCAUAUUAGGAAUGAAUUUAUUUGCAUAUAGAGCUAGAUUUGAAGAAGAGGUAAAAUUAGCUCAUGAUCCAAAAGAAGGAAAGUCAUAUAUUUUCAACUUUGAUACUUUUGGUAAUUCAAUUAUUACGGUUAUACUUUGUUUCCUUAAUGAAGAAUGGCAUCUAAUUAUGUAUCACUAUAUGCAUGCUGUGGGGAAUAUUGCAUCACUUUUCUUUAUAAUAGCCAUUUGUAUUGGAGAGAUUACACUGAUGAGACUUUUCUUAGCUAUUUAUAUUUAAAACUAUUUGAUAAUAUUGAAAAAAAAAGAGAUUAUUGCUUUUGAGGAUGAAGGAGACCUAUAGGUGAAAGCAGAAAGCAUGGAAAUAUUACCUCCAGAAAAAAGGAAAGAGGUUAUUGAAAAAUCACAAGAAUAAUAGUUAGCUCCCUAUGCUAUAGAAAAUCAUUAAAGAAUAUAAAUGAAUUAAACAGUGAAUUCGAAUAUAUCAAAUAUUGAGAUUUAACUCUAAAAAAAUUAAUAGUAUGUAAAUGAUGUUGACAAAAAUAAAGAAUAACCAAGAAGAUCCUUAACAUAAAAAAAUAAAAGUGAGAAAUAUGAAGAAAAAAAUAAUUUACUAGACUAAUUAAAUGUGAUGUAGCUUAAUAGGAAUCGAUAAAAAAGUGAAGAUAGAAAUAUGUUGAAAAUUGAAAAUCCAAAACAAAAAAAUAGUUUAACAACACAACCUAAUUAAAAUAUAAAAAGCUUAAGUGUAUUAAACAAUGACUAUUUAAAAGAACCCUCUCCUACCUAGCUGAUGAAUAACCAUUUAUACUUAUCAAAAGAAAGUAUUUACAAAGAAAAUACAGCAAAAAAAGAAAAUAGCAAUGUAGCUUUCAAAUCUGACAAUACUUCUUAAAAAAUAGCAAUCCGUAUUUAAAAAGAAAAAACUUAAUAGCAUCUAUAUGACUAAAAAGUUUCACUCCUUUAAACAUAGAAAAGUUUAAUAGGGAGAUCAGCUUUAAGUUAAAAAUUUAAGUUCUAAAAUUUGUUCGUGCUUUAUAGAUUUAAGCUAAGGUUGCUUUUAAAGUCUAAAUAUUUUGAAAAUUCUAUUAUUUUUUUAAUAUUCUCAUCAUGCAUUAUUAUGGGAAUUAGUGAUCCUUUAAGAGAUCCGAACUCAACCACAGAGAAAACUAUUAGAUAUUUGGAUAUAAUAAUUGUUGUAAUUUUUAUUAUUGAGGGAGUUUUAAAGAUGUUGGCAUAUGGAAUCUACAAUAAAAACAGAGAUAGCUAUCUAAAAAAUGGCUGGAAUAUUAUAGAUUUAACCUCAAUUAUUAUUUCUGUAUGUGUCUUUUUUUUCCCAGACGCUCUCAGAUUUAUGAAUGGAUUUAGAGCGAUAAGAAUAAUAAAGCUAAGCAAGAAAAUGUCAAGUGUAGAGAUAGUUCUUAUUUCAAUUAUCAAAAGUAUUCCCACUGUAGCAAAGCUAAGUUUGCUUGCAUUUGCCAGUCUUACAUUCUUCGCAUUAUUUCCUUUAAAAUAUUUCAAAGGAAAAUACUACUAGUGUGCUAAUUUAACUGUUUCAAAUAUUUCAACAAAAUGGGAUUGCAUGGAUACUGGAGGAGACUGGGUUCCAUAAGAUUUAAGAUGGGAUAACAUUAUAAGAAGUACUUAUAAUAUGUUUAUAAUAUCUACAUGUGAAGGAUGGAGUUUCAUGAUGCAAUAAGCUUACAAUGCUACAAAUGUUUAAAUUAAUUCUAUUCCAGGUCUUUCUACUUAAGCCAAAGACUGGUCUAUCUUUUUUGUCUUUUCUUUUGUGGUUGGCAAUAAAAUGGUUUUCAAUUCCUUUAUAGGUGUUAUGAUUGAAAAAUUUAAUUAAAUUAAAAAUUUCUACAGUCCAUAUAGAGGACUAAAGGGGGAAGAAAAAGAAUGGGCUAUUAUAAAAGAAGGAAUUGUUAAAUCAAAACCUAAAAAAGCUUUAUCCACAAAACAGCUAGGGACCUUUAGAAGGUGGCUCCAUAGGAUAAUUCAUAAAAACAAAAAUUUUAAAAGAUUUGAUGAUUUUUGCACCAUAGCAAAUACUGUUGUGUUUAUGCUCUAUUUUCAUAGAAUGGAUGAUAAAUAUAAAACAAUAUUAGAUUACAUAAACAUGGGGUUUUUGAUUGUUUUUGGAAUUUAAAUUGCUUUAAAAAUAAUCUUGUAUUAAAGUAAAUUUUUUUCUAAGUCUGUAUGGAAUUGCUUUGAAGUCUUCCUAUUUUUAUUCUCGUUUGCUGGUUUAUUUUUAAAAUUCUAUUUUAAAACCGACUCAUAUGAAAUAAACGCAUUGUUUAACUUUAUGUAAGUGAUUAGAUCUUGUAGAAUAGUAUUGGUCUUUAAUUCAGCACUUGAAUUACUUGGUACCAUCACUUUAGUGCUACCUUCUGUAGGACCUAUCGCUAUAUUUUUUUGCUUCGUUCUUUUUAUAUGGACAUUAAUUGGUUUGAAUCUCUUCCCUUAUCUUAAACCUUAACAAUAUAUUAAUGGUUUUGAUUUAUCCUUUAGAGACUUCACAUCAACAGUUGCUACAUUAAUAAGAGUAGCACAGUCUGAAUUCUGGUUUGGCCUUGUUGUAGAUGCUGGAAGAGAAUAGCAGCCAAAUUUUGUAUGCUUCAAUGUCAGCUCUUACGCAGAAUUUGAAAUUCAUGGGUUUAGUGGCUGUGGGCAUGAACUAUCUGGUUUUAUUUAUUUUUUCUCUUUCCACUUGAUUGUUUCAAUUAUGAUCGUUAAUUUGUUACUAGCUUUGAUUAUAGAUGGAAGUGCAGAAGCAUUUAAAAUCUAGGAUGCUGCUUUAAAUAGAUAUUAAUUAGAUUAAAUUCAAGAUCUUUGGAUGGAAUAUGAUAAAGACGGGCAGGGAUUUAUAAAUUAUAAAGAUUUUUGGCAAUUCUCUUCGCGUAUUUCAAUAAUCUAUGGUGUUAAACAAGAGGAUCUCUUAGAUAUAAACCAUAAAAAAGAUUUUUUAAAAGUUUUACAAAUUCCUAUAUAUGAGCUGCAACAGAGAGAUAGUAGUGGAUAAAAUAUUUCUCAGUUUGGCUAUAUUUAUCAUGAUGUAAUUAUAAAAUUAACUGCUAUUUCUGUCAUUUUGAAGUACGGAGCUAGUGAUUCAAUUAACGAUGAAUCAAGCAUUAAGGAUACUACAUUAUUGAAAGUACCAGCUUACUCAAAAGUAGUCCCAACACAACUAUUUAGUGGUGACAUGUCUAGUAUCAUAUUAAUGUAAAGAAAAAUUAAGAAAUGGGUGUAAAGACAUAAACAGAUUUAAUUGGAAAGCUAAAAGAUGUCGAAAAGUAGGUCAGAAAAGCAAAUGAAUGAUUAGCAUAUGAUGAGUGGAGAUGAAGAUAUUCUUUCGUUUGAUGAUUAGGUAAUAAAGAAAUUUGAAAUAGCUUUUGAAGAUAAAUCAAAUAGCACCUUCACAAAAACUAAAGAAUUUAUUAAUCCUGCUACCUAAAAAAUUGAUGGAAAGCCAAUCAAAGAAUUAGAAAUAAAGAAUCGUGAAAAUUAUCUGUAAUCAAGUGAAGAAAUAAGCAAUUAAUCAUAUAAAACAAAAUAAGAUUAAAAAGAUGACUCGACUUCUUAAAUUUAAGAGCCAACACAAAAGACUAAAAUUAAUGUUCAUGCUAAUAUAGAAUAGUAGAUUUCUCUAAAGGGUGAUAACGACGAAGGUGUAUUAUAAGAAAUCAAAAUAUGAUAAUUUUUAAACAUAAAAAUAAUUGCUUCAAAGAUGAACCAGCUUACCUUCUUUUUGCUUCUCAUUAUUAAAUUCAAGUCUAAAUUUUGAAAUAAAAAAAUUGCUCAGUCUAUCUUGUUAAGAAGGAAAAUAAUCUAGAUACACAAUCAUAGAUAUUCUAUGUUAAAAUUAAUAUGUCUAUUUUAUUAUGGCUAAUAAAAAAAUAUAUCAUUUCUAUAGAAUUUAUGCUUUAAGCUAAUUUUUAUUUAUCACUUGAAAAAACGCAUGCGUGAUUAAAAAUCACCAAUGUUUUAAAUUUAUAAAAAUAAAAUUGAUAAAAUAAAUAAAUAAAUUUACUUCAUGCAUUUGAAUAAAACUGUUACUUUAUGUGAACUAUACAACCUUACAAUCAAAUAAAUGCUUUAU